CCUACUCGUCCAUCCCAUCCCAAACGCUCUCGGUAGACAGUAAAACAUCGAUUCCGGAUUGCAGAAUUCCAAACCGCAUGGUUGGCAAUCCGUCUUGAGGGAUAGUGUGCCGAUUAUCUGCUCCAAAAUCACUUGGAUUUCAGCUUACCUGCUCGAUUCCAUCAUCUCAUUUUCACGAGAGAUGAGGCGAGCUGACGUCGAUUAUGGUAGUGAUGGAAGUGGAGCGAGCGAGCUCUCUGACGAUGAUUCUUAUGACUAUGGAGGCGUGGACGAUACUCGGCUACGUUUUCGCAAGGACUUGUCUGUGGCGCAAUGGGAUGCUGAAAGAGGAAUAGCUGAAGUGGUAGUGAAGAAAGGAAAGGCUUGGAUUGUGACUGGAUUUACGAGAGGUAGCCGGCACGCGAUUUUUAUUGAGGAGGCAGUAUUUAUGGUUGAACAAGGAAGCCUCCUGUUGCGAGAAGGAGAAAGGGUGGUAGAUCUCCUUGAAGCUUAUAGCCUGGUAUCAACACCUUCGUACGGGUGCUCCUGGAACAACUACCAAGUUUAUUCUUAUCUGAAAAAACUAGGGUACAUCGUGGGACGUCACAAUGUACCAUGGACUGUGUCGAAAAAGCGACCUCCAAUGCCGGCAGAUGAAGUGGAGAGUAUAACCAGCCAAUUUGCUGCUGUGAAAACGUCAGAAGGUACACAGGAGACCAACACUGCGUGUUCGCAGUUGGUUGAUUCUAAAAGUGCACCCGGUUUUGAGGUUAACACAGAGCUGCAAGGUAGUGAAAGCAGUUCAGAAAUGAAGCUGAUGUACGAUGUACAUCUUCCAAACGCGCGUUUCAAGAAAUCAAAUCCUGGUCUUCCUGCUUUCAGCUUGUGCACUACAAGUAGUCGUCCUCCACACCGAUUACAAGUACGAGCAUUGGCCCUCUCUCUUGAGGGAAGACCACUAAAGUUUGCGAAUAUCUGCCAAGUUACAGCGAAAAAUAAAGAGGGCUGUGGAUGAUGACUGACCUCAAAAAUCUCAGACUGCGAAAAAUACAGCACCAAGACUCCUGCAAAUUUGGUGAGGGUGAUACCACUGCAAAAAUUGAAACGUCCGUAGUUAGACACGAACUUGUAAAUUAUUCAUGAAUAUUUGUCAAAUAAGCGCCGUACCUUCUACACUUCGUACCUGAAGACUGAAGCUCCCAUGAUGACAAGAGCCUUGCUUGCUCUGUCUUGCUUGUAUCCCGUAGUCAUCUGCAUAAAAUGUAGUUGUUCACUUAAUUAUAUGAACUCACCAUAACAUCCUUGAGAAGCCCCCCACAUAGUAUUGAGUUGGACUAACAAGAAGUCCCAUUGGAACCUAUCAUUGCUACUAGCCUAUGGCUUUCACGGAUCACAUGUGAGCCUUAAACGGGUUCUUACUCUCGACAUCAGAGAUGCUUCUCAAAGCGGGUACUGUCAUCUGCAGAACUUGACAUUUGGUUAUUGAUAAUCAAAAGGAAACUCGCUUACAACAGCUUUAUUGAGAUUGA